AAGUGAUGAAAAGGAAUGGCCAUUCGCCACAAAGGUUACUCCAGAACACCAUUGCGUAUCAGAAGCAAUUCUGAGUCCAACUCAACCUUGGAGUUAAGAGGGCACCUUCAGCACCUCAGUUCUGUACCAUGCAUUCAGCAAACAGGAAGAAAGCUAACCAACAAAUCAUCAGUCAGGAAAGUCACUGCCCAAAAACCUCAAGUACCUCCUAAGCCUGUCCAUCUUCAAACCUUGUGCUACGAAGAACCAUUUCAGCUGAUUCCUCCAGCUCCAUCGAGGCCUCUGCCAGCUGACCCUAAGCUAACCAAGAGCUCCUAUUCAAAGGCUGAGAGCAAAGAAACACCAGGGUUGUCUUGUGUCUCCUCACUUAUUGAGAAAUUUGAAAGCGUCAGGCUACUAAGUCCAGAGAUCACUAAAAGAAAUCAGCUGAUUCUAUCCCUUAAAAUGGAACAAUCGCAGGAUUCCUCCGAGUGUGCAGCAUCUGACAGUGAAUUGGAGCCAGCAGGCUCAGCAGAGGGUACAACAGAAAAAACUGAUUUGAAUGAACAUGAAAUCAGCAUGGAAGUGAUGGAACAUUCAAAUGAGGACAGUGUUACAAUGACAGAAAGUGAUGUAAAGGACAAUGACCCUACGAGCAUAACCAGGACUCAAGAGGCAAGUGCUGCAGCUGAAAUUGGUGGGUCUACUCUAGAGCAAAAUGGGAAUGGUAAAAUACCCAACAGGGACAGUGGGAUUGAUAGUCCCUCGUGUAGUGGGGAAUGUGAAGUUUUUCCCAAUGAAGAAGGCAUGGAGGAGAAAAAGAAUGCCAGUUCUAUAGACAAGGAAACUGACACGGAGAUCAAACCUGAUGAUGCUUCUGAAAUACAACAAAUAAGAGAUUCCACCCAGGAGGAAGAUGAUAGUGAUAUGGAUGAGGGUAGCAGUGAAGAAAAUGAAGCAGCUGAAGUGUCUAAGAUUGAACAGUCAGAAACAAUCAAGUGCACAGAGCCAGAGAAGUUAUUCAAAAUUGCAAAUGAGCUUCUGCUCACAGAAGAAGCCUACGUGAAAAGGCUUCACCUUCUGGAUCAGGUGUUUUGCGCUAAAUUAAACGAAGCUGGCAUUCCACAAGAUGCAAUUACUGGGAUCUUCUCGAACAUCUCCUCAAUCUACUGUUUUCAUGGGAAAUUUCUAUUACCAGGAUUAAAGACAAGAAUUAAAGAAGAAUGGGACAAGAACCCUCGAAUAGGUGAUAUUCUUCAAAAACUAGCUCCUUUCUUAAAGAUGUAUGGGGAAUAUGUAAAGAAUUUUGACAGAGCAAUGGACCUGGUGAACUCCUGGACGCAGCGAUCAUCCCAAUUUAAGUCCAUCAUUCAGGAAAUUCAAAAGCAAGACGUCUGUGGUAACCUGACACUGCAACACCACAUGCUAGAGCCAGUGCAACGCAUUCCUCGUUACGAGCUACUUCUGAAGGAUUACUUAAAGAAACUGCCUGAGGACUCUUUGGACAGGAAAGAUGCAGAGAAAUCAUUGGAGCUUAUUUCAACGGCAGCUAACCAUUCCAAUGUGGCAAUUCGAAAAAUGGAAAAAAUGCAUAAACUGCUGGAAGUAUAUGAAAGACUUGGAGGCGAAGCAGACAUUGUCAAUCCGGCUAACGAACUCAUAAAAGAAGGGCACAUCCAAAAGCUGUCAGCUAAGAAUGGUUCAGCUCAAGAUCGGUAUCUGUUUCUAUUCAACAAUAUGGUUCUUUACUGUGUGCCAAAGCUUCGAUUGAUGGGGCAAAAAUUCAGCGUGAGGGAAAGGAUCGACAUUGCUGGCAUGCAGGUGCAAGAAAUUACAAAGUCGAAUGUGACUCAUACAUUUACAAUAAUAGGAAAACAACGGUCCUUAGAACUUCAGGCCAGGACUGAGGAAGAAAGGAAAGAUUGGUUUCAGGUUAUCCAUGCUACAAUUGAAAAGCACAAGCAAAACAGUGAAACGUUCAACAAGGCUUUUAAUAGUUCUCUUUCAAGAGAUGAAGAGUAUCCUCCAGAUUCCCCUGUGCCAGGUGCAACUUGUGCUGAAUCCAAUACAGGAGGAGACUUCUCCAGUCCAUCUGCUUUUAUGGAUUCUGGUAAAAGAGCUUCAAAAACAAAACGGGACAAGGAAAAACAGGCCUGCAAAAGCUGUAGCGAAACUUUCAACUCAAUAACUAAACGCCGACAUCACUGUAAACAAUGCAACGCUAUUAUCUGUGGUAAAUGUUCAGAAUUCAAGCCAUUUGCAGAUAAUAGUCGACACAACCGUGUAUGUAAGGAAUGCUUUGCAUUGCCAGGCACAGCAAUCCCUUCAAAUCCAGUACCUGAGAAUGUAACUGAGCAGAAGAAAAAGGUCACUAUGGAGAGACCAAGCUCACUGACAAGUGACAAUAGUCUUUUCUGCAGCAACUUAAGUUUUAUGGAAAAGGGAAAGUCCUGGCAGAAGGCGUGGGUAGCUAUUCCCAAAAGCGAUCCCCUGGUACUGUAUUUGCACUUGGGCAGUCAGGAUGGAAAAAAUGCCCGUACUAUCCCAUUGCCUGGCUAUGAAAUUGAACUUCCCAGUUCCGCUGAUACGAUUGAGAAGAAGCAUGCUUUCAAGCUGAGGCAAUCGCAACAAAUCUUUUAUUUUAGUGCAGAUGAUGAAGAGCUUCAGAAAAGAUGGAUUGACAUCAUCUCAAAAACUGCCAAGGGUGAAGUUGAAGAAGAAGCGAGUAACUCGGUAGAAUAAAAAACAGUGGCCAAAUUAUCAACAGAUGAAACCAAGGCUGUAUAGUGACUUUCUAUGGUGUGAGCUGUCUUUUCCAUACUUGAAUUAAACAGAGGGCACUUUCAUUUGCGGAAGACGUUUAAAAUUUAAUCAUCAGUAUCAGACUUAAGUGUUUUGUGUGUUGUUGGUCUUCGACAAUUAUGCUACUGAGGAACCCAAUUACAUCAGAAAAGGUGUUGUAAUUUACAAAUUAAUGAUGUGAUUCAUUCCAUUCCAAUUCAGUGCAGUACGGUUUCUGUGUAAAUGUGUUUAACGGCAGUACUUGCAAUUCCUCUGUGCAAGAUGUAUAGUAAUUCAUUAGCUAAAUAUAUGUUCAUUUUAAAUUAAAACUUGUGAAUCUCUGUGGCUGGCCACUUAUGGUCUAUCAAUUGUCUGUAUCCAAUUCUUUAAACACUCAGUGCUCUUUGUCCUAUUUGGCAUUUGAUGAUGUAAUUAAUUUCUUCAUAAGUAAAAAUGCUAAAUGGAUUUUUUCUCUCAUGUUCCAUACUGCUAACAAAAGGUAGGGAAAUGCUGUACACUUGCAAAUUUAUGCUUCCUGUAGCUUCUGUGGUGCAAAAACCAGAACCUGAAAUCUGUAUGCCAAUUUCACUUAUUUAUGUAUUGUGCUUUUAAAUAAAAAUGCCUGCUUUUCACCAUUA